AUGGCAUCUGCUCUUGCCUUCUCUCUCAAUUCUCAUCUGCUUUUGGUUCCUUCAAUUUCCUUAACUCCUUUGCUACCUCCACACAUUUCUACAGUUUCUUCAUCAUCAGCAACCAAAACCCAUCAUUGGAAGCUCAACUACUCCCCUAGAGCAUCUGCUGAAGGAGUGCCCGGUGAAUUGAGUGAAGAAGAGUCCAAGUUCGUUCCUCUUAAUGCUGAAAGUAUGAUAUUUGGUCCACCUGCUUUGUUAUUGCUGGGAUUUGAACUGGAAGAAGCCGCGACGGUACAAGAUUUUCUGAAACAGAUAGGAGGUGAUUUCCUCAAGAUUAUUUAUUGUACUGAAGACAUGAUCACUGGUUCACUAUGGGAUGCAAUGAAUACAAUCCAACCCAAUUUGGAGGAAGUGAAGAUUGCUAAGCCACUGCCGCGAAUAUGUUUCUUAUCUGGUCUUAGUGGGGAAGAGAUGAUGAUGUUGAUUGAUGAUUUUCCAGAGACAGGACUCGAACCAGCUGUUUUUGCAGCUCUUGUUCCCAACAGUGCCGAGAAACCAAUAGAAGAGUUGAUAGACGAGAUUAUGGCUGAUCAUGAAAUGAUAACCAAGAAAAUGGAAGAGGAAAUGAGCAAAAAUCCGAUAAAUGAAGGUUGA